AUGGAGCUUUUGGUGAGAGUCAAGCCAAUUGCAGAUUCUCUUCUUGUAUCCACAUUGUGGGAAUAUUUCACUUUCCCCAUGAAAGGACAGUCGACAAGCUUCAAAUCAAGCCAAAACUACACGUGGAAAUUGGGUGGGACGUCAUCUUUCGCGGUGGGCAUAGCAUCUGUGAAAGCAAAGAUAACGAGAACCCACGAAAUAGACUUACGUGACCGGCCUUCAACAUCAAUCCUUGUCGGCCCUCAGAUUCCUGUAGCUCAAGUCGAACCUCCGAAGUGGGAUCAAGAUUCAAGACCAUACUUGGGUGAUAAAAUUUGGAGGCCUCAUGAUUCGAGGGUCCUAAGUAGCCACCUUAUGGGCCUACCAUCUAUGCCGACCUUGAUCACAUUCUCCCCGGGGUUGGCAACCGAAUCAACCGACACCGGAGGAGAGGAACCAUAUGGCAAGGCAAGGGCUGUCACUAUUCAUAUGAAUAGUGGCAUGCCUUGCAAUUUUGUUUCCACCUCUAUGGACAAGGACAAGGGCAAGCAUUAUGUCACUUUGCCUAGGCAGCAGCACGGGUUGGACUUGCCUAUGGACUUGCCUAGGUUGGUGGGUCUCACGCCUUGCCCAGUCUUGCCCUUGCGCUCUAGAGCUGUUCGUAGGCCUAGGCCAUGUCCUACCCGGGCAAAAGGCCUUGCGGUGGACUUGCUCUUAGGAAAAUGCUGUCUUCAUCACAAGUCUUACAUGAAAGCUAUCAUGGCCUCUUAA